CGGGCACAUAUCUUCUCCAUCUCUCGGCAAUCAGAUCUUUUUCUUGUCUCCGUAUGCUCUACUGUACCCGAGACUGCCUGUUCUCAACCUGACCGUCUCCAGUCUAUUGCCAGAGCGAAUCUUCCGAGAGUGAAACCUGGACAGUCUCAUCCACGGGCGGACUAAAGACAAGUCUUUGGGGAAGGCAAACGCUACUUUAAGGAAAUCCCAGGACUCUACAAAGCAAGAGGCAAAGAAGACCAAGAGAUCAAUAAAAAACAAAGCGCGAGAAAAAGGACAGAGGCAAGGUUAGCAAUCAUGGUGUUGAAGCGGACGACAAGAUCCUCUAAAUUCCAUCCCAAUCCCAAGCAUCAGCAGCAACCCAGCCCGUCAUGGUCCCGCCACAUCACGCUGGACCUGCUGCUGCUGAUCCUGGCCAACUCGGUCUUCCACCCGUGGAUCACGCUGGUCUUCUACCUGUGCCUGGCCGCCGUGCACAAGCAUCGGGAACCCCUCGCGUACUACACGCUAUACUACACGGCGUUCCUCGCCGCCGUCGAGCUGGCCGUCUUCCUCAACCACCACCUCACGUACGGCAGGUGCAGGAACGUUGUGUGGGAAGACGAGGUCGUGAUCAUCACGGGCGGCGCGCGCGGGCUGGGCAGAGUGCUGGCUGAGAUGACCAUGAGAAAGGGCGCAAGGGUGGCGAUCUUGGAUGUCCAGGAGCCCGACGAGGACGCGCACGAAGAGAUGGAGCGCUGGGAUCUGGUCUGGGAGGUGGUGGACGUGAGUAAUGCCCAAGAGUUGAAGAAUGCGGUGGACAGGGUUGUUGAGGAGCUCGGCCCGCCAACCAUCCUGAUCAACAACGCAGCGACAUCCAUCAAUGGCCUCCCUCUGGCCGACGACGCUUUCGUGGAGACCCCAAAAUCCUUGUCUCCUAAACAAGCCACCAAAACCUUCACUACCAACGCCCUCGGCCACUUCACCACCCUUUCCACCAUCCUCCCGAUCCUACUCAACUCAUCCCAGGGGGCACAUAUAAUAACAAUUUCCUCGAUUCUCUCGCACCUCGCCCCGGCUAAAUUGGCCGACUACAACGCCUCGAAAGCUGCCGUCUCGGCCCUCCACAACACAUUGUGUCACGAGCUCCGCACCUGUCCCGAUCCUUCUGUCUUUCACAAAGUGAAAACCAUCCUGGUCGAACCAGGUCAGUUAUCCACACAGCUGUUCGCGGAUAUCACGCAAGUCCCCUUUUACACGCACUUUUUCGGACCGGUGUUAGAGGCCAAGGACGUAGCCAAGGAGAUUGUGCGGCGGGUGGAAAGAGGCGACAGCGGAGUGAUUCGCAUGCCCUUCUACGCCAAUUGUGUACCGUUCCUGGGCGUGAUGCCGGGAUCUGUCCAGAGGGUGGUGCGGUGGUGGAGCGGAAUCGAUCGGGCGAUUGUUGCGAGGGAGAAGGAAGCCUGAGACCGCCGGAUCUGAAGCGGCCGGGAAGGAAUGAGUCUGUCGUAUGA